AUGACAACUUCAUUAAUUGAUGAAACUAGUCAUGAUACUUUAAAUUCAUCACUGAAUUUACUCCAAAAUAAUACCAAUAAUAAUAAUAAAAAUACUGACAACAACACCAAUACCCAAUUUAAUAAUGAUAAUUUAGAAAGUCAUGAUAUACUAGACGAAUUUUUAGAUCAAAGAGUUUAUGAUUCAUUAGGUAGUAAUACACCUCAUAAUUUUCAAUUUAAAACAGAAGCUAGUAAUCAUGAUAAUUUAUUAGAUUCAUUAUAUACAUUAACUAAUGACGAUGGUAAAACAUUUCAAAAUAAUUUUACAAAUCAAAUAACUCCAAAUAACGAUGAUUAUUUUUAUUUAGAUAUUAAUCAAGAUUUACAUCCAUCGACUCAAUCAUCAAAUGAUAUUAAAAAUUUCAAUCAUCAAACACCGCCACCCCAGCAACAAUUUCAACAACAACAACAGAAUCAACCACAAUCAAAUAUAUCAUUCUCUCCUAAUUCUGUGAUAUCACCUUAUCAAAAACAAUUCUCAGAUUUUGAUGUUGUUAGAGAAGAAUUGAGUAAAUUAAAAUUUGGCAGUCAUCAUAUGAAAUCUGUACCUGAUUCAAUUAAUGUACCUGAUCCUUCGUAUUUAGAUUUUUCUGAAAAAUCAAUGAAUGCUUUACCAUAUAAGUUAUCAUUAUCAAGUUUACCAUCAUAUUCAAGGGUCGAAACUCAAAUUAAAUGUAAUUUAGUUUUAAAUCCUGCACCAACUCAAAUGUUAUUACAUAUACCACAAAAUUUAAUUUCAAAAAACAAAUUUUGCCUUAGUGAACCAAUUGAAACUUUAAAUCCAAAAUUAAAAGAAAACUUGUUAUAUCUUGAUGCUUUUGUUUUAACUUCAGAUUUAAAAAAAUCAUGUAAUAUUUGUUCAAGAUGUAUUAAAAGAGAACAAAAAAGAGCUUCAAGAGGUAAAAAUACCGAUGUUGAAGAAUCAGUUAAUAAAUCAAAUGGAGCCGUUAAGAAUAAUCCAAAUACAUGGGCUAAUGAAAAUAUGAUGAAAAAAGCUGUUAUUUUCAAUUGUAAAGAAAUUGUUUCAUUUCCAUCUCCAACUGGUUUAAAUAAUGAUGUUACUAAAUCUUUAGAAUUAUCUGCUAGAAUUAUUUGUUAUUGUAGACAUCAUAAAGAAUCUGAAGGUUUUAAAUUAUUAUUAGUUGUUAAAAAUUAUCAAGGUGAAGUUGUUGCAAAACAAAUUUCUUCACCAAUCAUGAUCAUGGAUAGAAAAAAGAAUUUAUCAAAAGAUCCAUCAGCUACAAAUUUAACAACUUUCAAAAAGAAACAAUCUUCAGAUUCAGAAAGAUCACCUCAAGAUAUUCAACAACUAUCUCCAAAUUCAGUUGAUGAAUCAGCUUCACAAACUAAUACAGAUAUUGAACUAAAUAGUAAUAGAGGAUUAAAGAGAAAGAAAUUAUCUACUGAUGAUUCAUUUACAAAUCCAAUGAAUGGUUAUUCACCAGUAAGUAAUAGUGAUACAAAUAUAUCCAUACAUAAUAAUAAUAUUAAACCAUUACAAUUUCAACAACAACAAUCACAACAACAAAACUCACCACAACAAAACUCACCAUCCAUCCAAAGAAUUAUACCUGCGCAAGGUCCAAUUAGAGGUGGUAUUGAAGUUACUUUAUUAGGUUUUAAUUUUCGCCCUGGUUUACUGGUUAAAUUUGGUGCACAUCAAGCCUUGGCAACUCAUUGUUGGUCAGAUACAACUAUAGUUACAUAUUUACCUCCAUCUACACAUGCAGGUCAAGUAUUGGUUAGUUUUGAGAAUCAUGAAAGUUUAAUGAUGGGAGGUCAACAACAAAUAUUUACAUAUACUGAUGAUACUGAAAGACAAUUGAUUGAAUUAGCCUUACAAAUUGUUGGAUUAAAAAUGAAUGGUAAAUUAGAAGACGCAAAAAAUAUUGCUAAAAGAAUUGUUGGUUCAGAUAAAAAUUCAGGUUCUCAACAAACUUCUCCUAAUCAUCAAUCAGCAAAUGAAUGGUUUGAUAAUGCCCAUAAAUCUUUAAAACAAUUAACAACAUCAGAUUUAUCAACUCAAGAUAUCUUAAUAAAUUUAUUAUCAUUAGUUGAUUUACCAAAUUGUCCUAUUAUAAUACCAAAUUGGCAAUUGACAAAUAAACAAGGACAAACUUUGUUACAUUUGGCAACACUCAAAUCAUACACAAAAUUGAUUAGAUUUUUGAUAACAAGAGGUUGUAAAAUUGAUUUGAAAGAUAAUCAAGGUAUAACACCAUUAUUUUUAGCUUCAAUGUGUGGUUAUCGUGAUUUAAUUAAAAUUUUCAUUGAUUGUAAAUCUAAUUGGAAUUUGAAAUUAUCAAAUGAUAAAUAUUUAAAAGAUUAUUGUGAUUUAAAUGUAUUGGAUAUGUUUGAAAAUUUUAAAGAAGUUCAAGAAGAAGAAGCUCAUCAAUCAAGUGAAGAAGAAUCAAUUGAAGUUAAAAAAUCAUUAUCAUUAGAUUCAUUAAAUUCAAUGUUUGAUAUCAAUUAUGGACGUCAUGUAUCAAAGAUGGUUCAAGAAGAUGAAUUACAAGAAGAAAUUCAAGAUUAUUCAAGCUCUGAUGAACAUUCUUCAGAAUUUGCUGAUUCUGAAUUUGAAUCAGAAGAUGAUUAUGAAGAAGAAGAAGCUGAUUAUAAUCAAGAUGAAAUACAAGAAGUUAAUGAAGUUUCAAUAACACCUCCUCAAUCACCACCUGGUUUAUGGCAAAAAAUGAAAAAUGUAUUUAAUAAUGAAGAAGAUACUGAUGUUUUACCCACUUAUGAUGAUUUAUUCCCAUUUGGACCUUCACAAGGAAAACCAAAAUCACAAAUUGAACAAAGAAUUAAUACUGAACAACAACAAAUUGAAGAUCAAGGUAUUCAAUCUGAUUCAUCAGAAGAUAUGGUUGUAACAUAUAUUAAUCAUCCAAGAAAAACAGUUGAAAAUGAUAAAAUGUUGUUUUUCUUUUGGGUACCUUCAUUAGUUUUAAUAAUGGCCUUAUUUUUCAUGAUUUAUAUAAUGGGGUAUCAAUUUCAACAAAUUGAUAAGAUUAAAGAUUUAAUUAGAGGUUUCGUCGGUAAUUUAAUGGUGGGCAAUGAAAGAAUUGGAAAGGUUUUUAAUAAUAAUAUAAAAGCAUGA